AUGACCUACAACCAACAGAGGAACGAGGCACUUCAACGCCUGGGCAUUGAACAAUUGCCUACGCUCUACGCACCGCCGGAGCACAUCGACACUUGCCCGCUCUUUGAGCAAAGCCUCCCGGUUCGACAAAUGCCUGUAAGUCAAGUAGUCUGGCAACAUCUCAUGUCUUCGCUCUGAUUGGCAAUGUAGGUGCCAGGCCGUCGUUGCCCAAGCUGCCUUGCGCAAGGCAAGACGCAGUGGGUCAUCCCCGGAAAGAGAUGUCCCAAGUGCGGCACCGAGGUCAACUAG